CUGGUCCGCGCCGCCGCACCGCUGCCCGUAGCCGCCGCACCGCUGCCCGUGGCCGCCGCGCCAGCUGUGGCCAAGCUCGACUUCACGGACGCCUACCCGCAGUACCAGUUCGCGUACACAGUCCGAGACUCGUUGACCGGYGACGCCAAGGACCAGGAGGAAGUACGCGACGGCGAUGUUGUCAAAGGCCGCUACAGCUUGAUCGAACCCGACGGCAGCCGCAGGACCGUCAACUAUUACGCCGACGAUGUCAACGGAUUCAACGCGGUCGUCCAAAAGGACGUGCCAGUGGUGGCUCCAGCCGUCGCCCCUGCCGUAGUGGUAUAAUGACUGACGCCGUAUAACGAUCAUCGCCGCCACUGAAUCCGCCGGACAUAAUCUCCGUAUAUAUAUAUUACGUGUAUUUUUAUUUUAUGUUUGUGUUUUCUUUUUGUACAUAACUUUUUCCUCGCUGUUACCUAUAUUGUAUUUUCUUUUAUAUUUCAAGGCAAUAAAUAAAGUUUCUAACUCUUAAAAAUAUAA